AUCGGUAUCGGUGCAAGAGCAACCUUGCAUUGCAGGCACACAAAAAAAUCUGUUCGUGAUUCGUUCGAUUGGAUUUUUAUUAAUCAUUCGCUAAUUGCGCGUUUGCCGAUUUGUUUGUGCAGCACACGUCGAAAGUCAAGUAAAUACCACAGUUUACUCGAAAAUACCAGGAAGUAAACAAUCUUAGCGGAAUCCGUGCAAUUUACGAUUAAAAAAGCAAAAACCAAACAAAAAUGCAGCUGCAGGCCAAAUAUUUGCUAUUAUGUCUUUUUGUCGGAUUGUUUGCCUCCUCAGGUCGUUGUCAAGCGGCGGGGGGAGUCGGAGACGAAGCCAAUGAAACUACGGAGCCAGUGACCACGGUGACUGUGCCGGUGCCGGAUGACAAGAAUACAACAACUAGCACUGAGAAACCGACAACAACAACGCCAGCGACAACAACAGUGGCACCAACAAUUCCAACAACAGUUCCGACAACAACAACUCCGGCACCAACAACUCCAACAACAGCUUCGACAACAACCACAACUGCUGCACCGAAUACAACAACUCCGGUACCAACAACAACAUCGACCACCACAGCAGUUCCACCCAACUCAACCACUACCACCACCACCACAGUGGUGCCACCAACAAGCUCAACUCCGGCUCCAAUUACAUCGACUACGCCCAAACCCGUACCGGUGCCAUGCGGACACUUCGAUGGUUCAUCGUUCAUUGGUGGCAUUGUGUUGACACUGGGUCUGCUGGCCAUUGGGCUGGUCGCCUACAAAUUCUACAAGGCACGCAAUGAGCGUAAUUACCACACUCUUUGAGCCGCCACAGCUUUUACGUCGGCAUUUAAUGCAGCAGCCGGUGGUGCGUCGUCAGCCGUAAAUAAUGCCGCCGCCACAGAUGCCGAACGUGUGCGAUUUGUACAGCCAUCGAUUCCAUUGCGUUCGCCGCCAGCGCAACCGCCACCUCCUCCUCCUCCUAAUUAUCCAUUGGUUGGUUCGGCAUCCACAGCAGCGGCGACUAUGCAACAUAAUUCACCCUCGGCUAGAGAUCGGCUGCUGCAUACGUAAUUUAUCUCGGGGUACAAUAUACAAACAAAAAAAAUAAGAAAAAUAACAGAAAACUAUCCAAAGAAA